AUGCCCAUCGAGGAAGAUCCGGAUACAAGGAACGGUACUAAAACUGGCGUUAGGGAAAAGGUCGUGAGUCACCACUGUUCCAAGCCAGGUCACGUACGUCCUUCUUGCCCCGACUUAAUGCCCGGUAAAAGCAAGUCCUCUCAGAGGGUCAACUUUGUGUUCGACUCUGACCUCUCUCCGAACAACAGUAUCACGUGUGAGGGAAUGUUGUAUAAUAAACCCGUGCAUGUGCUCUUUGAUUCUGGCUGUUCGUCCAUCAUCGUUAAAGAAUCGCUGAUCCCCGCCACGGCGAGGCGAGGGAAAAUGGUCACUCUGUACGACUACCUCGGAGUGGGCCGAACUUUUCCAACUGUGCGCUGUCUUAUAAAGAGCGAAUUUUUGAGUGGGUGGUUCAACGUUGUUGCUGCUCCUAUUAAGUUCACCGAUGUUCUCGUGGGUAUGGUGCCGGGUGUCACAGUACCAUCCGUGAAUAACCCUAAACGUAAUAUAUCGGUAAACUCGUCUAACCGCACAGAUGUUGUUAAUGCAGUUGCCACGAGAUCCGCUAAAGUAAAGGAAGACGCCGAACCAGCAGAACUGACAGAUUCUGAUUUUCAGAUUGAUAAGAUUUCCAAAGAUGAUUUUAUGAAUGCUCAGAAUAAAUGUUCUUCUCUCGAAAAUAUAAGAGCUAAAGUCAACAAUAAAUCUAUAGUAAAUAUAAAGAAUCGUUCAGAAAAAUACGAAAUAGUGAAAGGCUUAAUUCACCGAGUGUGCGUUAAUAGCAAGCAUGCCUAUGAAGUUGGUGUUAAACAGUUGGUAGUACCUCGGAAAUUUAUAAAUGUGAUUCUUGCAACCGCUCAUGAUUCUCCUGUUGCAGGUCAUUUUUCCCACAGGAAAACAGCGGAUAAGAUUUUUCAUAAAUUUUUUUGGCCAGGCGCGGGAGCGGAGAUAAAACGCUACUGCCGUUCAUGUCACGUGUGUCAGAAGACGAGUCCUAAAGGUAAAAUAGGCAAGGCUCCCAUGGUUCAGAUGCCGAUUAUAAGCGAGCCAUUUGCCAGGGUAGCAAUCGAUCUUGUGGGGCCGAUAACACCUGUGUCUAGCAGAGGCCACAAGUACAUACUGACGCUCAUUGACAUGGCCACUAGAUUCCCUGAAGCAGUUCCCUUACGGAAUAUAGAUACAGUUACUGUAGCAGAGGCUUUGCUAAGUAUUUUUUCGCGUGUUGGAAUACCGAAAGAAAUGCUCUCAGAUCGCGGAACUCAGUUCAAAUCCGAUUUAAUGGCGGAGAUAAACAGAUUGCUCUCGAUAAAAGCAUUAUUUACGAGCCCAUACCAUGCCUGCUGCAACGGCACUGUAGAGCGAUUUCACGCAGUGUUAAAGUCCAUGCUUAAGAAACUCUGCGGAGAACGACCCCAAGAUUGGGAUCACUACAUUCCGUCUGUCCUGUUCGCGUACAGCGAGGUUCCUAACGAUACUCUGAAAUUCAGCCCAUUUGAGUUGUUAUACGGUCGCAAAGUGCGUGGUCCACUGUCUAUUCUUCAUGAUCUAUGGACCAGAGAUGACAUUAAUGAGGAGACUAAGAGCACUUAUCAGUACGUGCUUGACCUACGAUCCCGCUUAGAGGAAUCAGCCCAAAUGGCCUCCUCCCAUGCUGACGUUUCUGGCAAGAUGUAUAAAGCCUAUUUUGACAGAACUGCUAAAGUACGCAAACUAAACGAAGGCGACGAAGCACUUGUCUUGUUACCAACAUCUCACAACAAGUUAACUAUGCAGUGGAAGGGACCUUAUUCGGUAGUGAAGAAACACGAUAACGGCGUAGAUUACGAGGUAAAGGUUAAUUCGAAGAAGAGAUUGUAUCACAUAAACAUGCUAAAGAAAUAUGUGAGGCGUGAUGAGGUUUCUUCUUCGCAAGUAUGUCAGAUGUGCGUCGUGGAUGAUCUUCCAUCAUCCCAGGAUGACGAGAAUUUUGCUUGCGAUAUCCCGGAGUUGUACGAGGCUAGUGAAUGCAAAGUAAAUCUUAAUCCUGAACUGUCGAGUGAGCAGACAGCAGAGUUAAAACAGCUAAUAGCUGAAUUCUCUGACGUCUUUUCAGACAAACCCGGUGUAACCAGCACGGUCAUACAUGACAUUGAUUUGACAACCGUUGUCCCGGUCCAUACUAAGCCAUACCCUAUUCCCCAUCAUCUCCGAAAAGCUUUCGAUGAGGAAGUGGAUAGAAUGCUAUCUUUAGGCGUUAUCGAACCUUCAACAUCUCCUUAUUGCUCACCCGUUGUGCUAGUUAAAAAGGCCGAUCAUUCAUGGCGCUUUUGCGUAGAUUUUAGGGCUCUGAAUGAUGUGAGCGUUUUCGACGCAGAACCGAUUCCAACGAUGGAUGAAGCGCUAGGUAAUUUUGUGGGAGACGUUUACUUUACGGAAUUAGAUCUUUGUAAAGGUUAUUGGCAAAUUCCGUUAUCGGAAAAGGCAAAACCAUGCACGGCUUUUGCUACUCCCAAAUAUGGACUUGUGCAGUUCACGAAACUUCCGUUCGGUUUACGCACGGCGUGUGCUAGUUUUAUUAGACUAAUGCGUAAAGUUACUGCAGGAUUGACGAAUGUAGAGUGCUACUUCGAUAAUUUAGUGGUGCACAGUUCGUCCUUUGAUAAUCACUUGAUUCAUAUAAGGAAUCUUCUGGAAAGAUUGCGUGAGCAUGAGUUAACUGCUGGACCUAGCAAGUGUUUUAUAGCUUUUCCCAAUAUCAAAUAUCUUGGAUUUAAUCUUGGUGAAAAGGGCCUGAGUACCCUUCCAGAUAAGGUAAACGCAAUUAAGAAUAUGCCUAUACCGGAAACUAAGAAACAACUACGUAGUUUCCUUGUUACUCUUUCGUUUUUUCGUAAGUUUAUCCCGAACUUGGCUGACCUCGUGCAUCCUUUGAACUCUCUUCUGAAGAAAUUUUCUCCUAAUAAGCUAAAUUUAACCCCUGAUCUUGUUAAAAGAAUCGACGAGUUAAAAUACUUAUUAAUAAAUGCUCCAAUCUUAACUCUGCCUGACUACGAGAAGAUCUUUUAUCUCAGAACAGACGCCAGCGACACGGGUCUUGGGGCGGUUUUGUUGCAAAAGGUGGACGGUGUCCUCAUGCCAAUCGCUUACGCGAGUAGAAAGCUCUCUGACUCAGAAGGUCGUUAUGCCGUAAUAGAGAGAGAAGCUUUAGCUAUCGUCUGGGCUAUUAAAAAGUUCUGGUGUUAUCUGUAUGGCCGCGAGUUUGUCUUGCAAACUGAUCAACAACCAUUAACAUACAUCAGAAACAUGAAAAAUAGCAAUGGUCGUCUUAUGCGUUGGUCACUGGCUCUCCAGUCAUAUGUAUUUACGAUAGAGUAUAUCAAAGGUCAAGACAAUGUUGGUGCAGACAUCCUUAGUCGAUGUUCAGUGUAA